AUGUCUCCCAAGUACUUGCUGGUGUUGUUUCUUGCGGUGGUGCUACUCAUUACCCACUCUCUUGCCCAAUACAGGCCACCAAUUAACCCGCCACCAAUUUACAAGCCUCCUCCUGCAGAGGGAUACGCCUCAGUUGAACCAACAGACAAACACCAUGGACCCCCAAAGAAGUGGCCACCCAGUUCGGUUGAUGGAACAAUAGGAGUUGGUGAUCAUCAAGAGAAGGCAAUCCCUGAUAAAGACAAGCCAUAUAAGCGCAAGGGAGUGCCGCCACCACACAAGCCUGGACACCCUCCUGUAGUUGAUACAGAGGACGCAAUACACAGGCCACCGGCGAAGAAGAAACCACCACCAUACAGCCACAGGCCUCCAUCAUCCGAUUAA